UAUAUAAGAUGCUGAUGCGUCGUUUCUUCCUUCCCCUCAUAACGGUACCGUACAAGAGCUAGAGCCGGCCUCCAGCUUUCUUCAUCCCUUACUGCUUCUGCUUCCUCACAACCUACAUCCGCCAAUGCACGUCUCGUUCAAUAAACUAUUGCUUGGAUUCGUGUUACUUCUGGAGGGGACCUUUGCUUCGCCGUUAAUAGUGAAGCGCAUGCCAAAGGACCUUUCGAAGAAAGUAUUCCUUGGAUAUAGAGCCAUCGACUCGAGAACAGCAGCUAGUUACAACCGUAAACACAGACUGGUGUAUACACAUACAACUUUUGACCAGUUAGGUAAAGGAGCAUACCUGACGAGGAGACUGGGAGACUGGACUGCGGAUUAUGUGUGUGCAGUUUACGCUGAUGCAACACAGCUCGCAUUAACCAAAAAGUUGUGGUUAGACCAUGAUGAGCGCGAGAGCCCAGUGAGGGAGCAGGUGAUCAAGACCCAGUUAAACAUGAAGGAAAGAAAUAUCCACAAAGUCAUCCUUACUUCUGGGAUCUGGGGGGAGGAUGACCGAGAAAGCCAUGUGCAAAUGCUCAUCCCUCCUUAUUUACUCGCAAACAAAGAUAGCAGUGGAAAGCUUGGGAUAUAUGUAAUUUGUGUGCCUUGGGAAAGCCAUGCAGAACUCCCCACCAACGAGGAGGCCGAUUGGAGUAGCCUAGGCAUUGUUGGAUACUAGGAUUAUAUGAUUGUAAUCUGGCUGUUUAGCCCAUAGACAGUGUGAACAAACAAUCACACAUAUUGUUGUUAGAGUAUACUCCGUACGUAUGUACAAUACCUCGCGAUUGUGUAAACGGCGUUAUUACCAAAUACUGUACAGUACGAACUUAUAUCCCAUGGCGCGGCG